CACCCAGCCAGGCACGAUGAGGGUCAGCCAGCUUUUUGCCGCGAGCAGCUAUCUGCUUUGCGCUGCAUCAACUCAAAGCAUCUUGUUCCCGUCCAACGAUAGCAAAUCGACUUGGGAGCUUGGUUCAGAGUUCGUACUUUCACGGGAGCACGAUCGGCUUCAGAUCAGCAGCCAAACACUGGACAUCUGGAGCACGGCAACGGACAAACCUUUCAUUAGAGCCAGUGCUGGAAAUGACUCCGUCACUGGCUCGAACGGCGCUUUCAAUAUUACCGAGAUAGACAUCGAUACAACAGAUGGCCAAGACAUCGAUGACGUCCAGCUUGUGGAUUGGGAUGGGACAGCAACUGGCAAGGCAGCGCGAAUCAGUGGUCAGCUGACAUUCAAAGGACAAGUGAGCGGGCAAUACGCUUUGUACUUCUGGGUGCCCAGUGAUCUCUCGGACCGCAUUGCCUUUUACCUCGACAUUACAUCUGCCACCGAGGACCCGUUGAAGAAGCUCUACUUCAGCUUCACCUCGAAUGCCGGCGAAGACUUCUACGGACUUGGAGGGCAGGCGUCAUUCGCCUCGCUCAAGAACCAAAGCAUUCCGGUCAUUACACGAGAGCAAGGUGUCGGACGAGGCGAUGAGCCAAUUACCUCUUUGGAGAAUGCCAACAACUCGAUUGCAGGCGGCAGCUUCUACACAACCUACACGUCUGUUCCUUCCUACAUCUCGACUGACGGCAAAGUUUUCUAUCUGUCAGAGAAGAGUACAGGAUACUCGAACUUCGAUUUCACUGAGCCAGAUGCUGUUACGAUUCGGUACGAUUCAUUGAGUGUGGAUGGAGCCUUUACCAGAGCUGAAAAUCUGUUCGAUGCCAUUGAGGCGUUAACUGCAUAUACUGGAAGACAGCCGGCGUUGCCAAGGUGGGUGGACGAUGGUGCCAUUCUCGGUAUCCAAGGCGGCCAGGACAAGGUCAAUCGAAUUGUCGAGCAAGGUCUUCAGCUGGGCGCGCCAAUUGCUGGUGUCUGGCUGCAGGACUGGGUCGGCACUCACAGCCAAGUUGGACCAUACUUGAACAUUUCCAGACUUUGGUGGAACUGGGAGAAUGACGAUGUUCUCUACCCAACAUGGACAGAAUUCGUUCAGAAUCUUCGUGAUCAGUACAAUGUCCGCACAUUGUCGUACAUCAACACGUUCCUCACGAACGUCUCCACGAAAGACACUGGCUUCCGCAGGAACCUGUACGAUGAGGCGAGCGCCAACCACUACUUUGUGCAAAACACGACAACCAAUUCCACGGCCAUCAUCUCAAGUGGCCCUGGCCUUCAAGCAGGAGUCGUCGAUCUCACCAACCGGUACCUCCGUGACUGGUACGAGGAUGUAUUGCGUCAGCAGGUUUGGAACUCGAAUAUUUCUGGCUUUAUGACCGAUUUUGGCGAGUACACGCCUCUGAGCGGAGAUGUCAAAGUUUACGAUGCAGUCAGCGACGCGUUCUUCUACCACAAUGCUUAUCCGACACAGUGGGCAGCGUACCAUCGAGCUCUGGUCGAGGACCUUGGCCUGCAGGAUGAGGCAGUUUUGUUCCAUCGCUCUGCUGCACAGUCCUCUCAAAAGUACAUGAAUCUCUUCUGGGUCGGUGACCAAAACGUUGACUGGGGCGUCAAUGAUGGCAUCAAAUCUGUCGUCACCAUCAUGGUACACAUGGGCUUUUCCGGCUAUUCACAGCAGCACUCCGACGUUGGUGGCUACACGACCGUGUUGACAUACAACAACUACAACAUCACUCGGUCGCCUGAGCUUCUCGGCAGAUGGGGAGAGCUCGCCGCCGUCAGCAGCGCCGCUUUCCGUUCCCACGAAGGUAACAUCCCCUCCGUCAACGCGCAGUUCUACAGCAACACCACUACCUACGAGUACUACGGCUACAAUGCGCGACUUUUCGCCUCGCUGGGCAAGUACAGACGCCAUAUUUUGGAGACCGAGAGCGAGCCAAAAGGAUGGCCGCUCCUCAGACCUGUAGUAUUGGAACACCCACAAGAUCUGAGAGCUCGUAACAUUAGCUACCAGAGCUUCUACUUGGGCCAGCAUCUCUACGUUGCACCAGUCCUCGAUCCUCAGACCUUCGAAGUUACUGUGUACCUGCCAGCUGGAAACGGCAACAGGACUUACGAGCACGUCUGGACUGGCACGAAGUACAAUGGGGGCCAAGACGUGACUGUUGCCGCGCCAUACGGAAAGCCAGCCGUCUUCCUUGUCAAUGGUGCGAGAACGCCGGAGCUCCAGCCCUUUUUGGAUUUUGUGAAGGCAGAGAAUGGCACGAAAUUGAGCGUGGAGUAGAUGCACAGUACACCUGCGAACAAAUGACCCCAAGUGGACUUGAUAAUGCAGCUAGCGCUAACAACUUUGAUAGAAGUACUUGAUCUCACACGCGCAACAAUCAAUAACGAAAUCCUCAAGGAGCACUUUUCUUUGCCAAUUCAUUACGCC